GUUUGAUACAAAUAUAAAAAUAUAACAACAUAAAGUUAAACUUGUAGAUGUAAAUAAACAAAGACUCACAGAGUGCUAGCAGGAAGUUUAUACUCAGAGGAGGUGCUGCUAACAGGAUGAAGAGCUCCGCCUCCUUCCUCUCGCCCCCCCCCUUCCCCUCACCCCGCCCCCCUCCCUCUCCCCUCCUCCUCCUCUCUGAUUGGCUGUCCUGAGCUCGACCUGUCCGUCAAUGUGAGCCCCGCCCCCAAGACUGGACCCCCCCACAUGAAGCCCCGCCCCCUCCAGACAGGAAGGAAGAGGAACUCAAAGGUGGUUGCCACGGUAACCCCGGAGCCUCACAUCCCACGGAGCAUUGAUGCGUUGCCUCAGCAGCCAACCAGCAGCCAGAGGAAGAGGAGAGGUGGUCGCCAUGGUGGAUCCCCCUCACAGAGGGCGGAGCUUCCUCCCACGUCGUCCAAUGAGGAUUCAGGAUGUCUGGAGGAGGCGGAGCUACACAGCACACUGGCCCUGAGGGCGGAGCUUCAGUCACUGCAGGGGGCGGAGUUUAACUCCCAGAAGGCCGUUCAGGAGACUCUACGGAAAUCAGAGAGGACCAAAAACCUGAUCAACAGCAAAGCUACUGAAG